UUGCCCUUGUCUUUACCAUUCAAGCUUUUAUCCUUGCAGUUUCUUCCUUCAAUCUGAUUUAUUCUAUAUUCUUUACAUUUCGAUUUUGUCAUCUUUGGAUCCCUCCCUUUCCGCCUUGAAUCCUAACCCCUUAUAAUUAUUAUUAUUAUUAUAACUGGAUCUACAUCCUUAACUGUAAGUCAAAUCUUGCUCUGAUCAACAAUGGAUUUAGGCAAGCGUCCACGUCGUUACACUUUGACUAUGUUCCACAUCUUAUUUUCGUCGAUGGCCGCUGUCGUCUGCUCUACCCAGCGCAUUCCCGAGAGUGAAAACAUGUUCUAUACUGACGGACGUCGUGUUGUCGAAGUCCUCUACGGCCACAUGGACGACUACAAUCACCCUCUUUGCUUUGUCUAUGGUCAAAGUGAUCUCCCUCACACAGUGAUGAGAAAACCAUUUUACGUCGAGGAAGCUGUGUUGGACAAAAUGGUGUCCGAAUGUCAUCGCAGGACGAACGACACCGUUGACAGGAUCGUGCAAAUCAGAAGAAAACGGGGUAUCAUACCCAUGUUUCCAGGAACCAAGUGGUGCGGUGAUGGUAAUAUCUCGCGAAAUUACGACGACUUGGGAAAGAAUAAAGAGACAGAUAAAUGUUGCCGAUCACAUGACCACUGUGUUGAAUACAUCUUACCGUUUACACGUCGCUAUGGCCUUUUCAAUUGGUCAAUUUUCACCAAAUUAUUCUUAUGCGUGGAACACGAUUUCAACAAGGAGAAAGCCAAGGUCAUGCGUUUUAUCAAAGGUCGGAAGUAUUGAGGACAAUAUAUUACUGGUGACAUCUAUUACUACAUACAUAUAUAUACAUACAUGUAUACAGACAUUAUACACACACACAUAUAUAUAUAUAUACAUAUAUAUAAUGAUGUGUCUUGAAUGGCACAACAAGACAUAUUUUUCAAAGAAUACACAAUGCUUCAAGCGAACUACAAUACUCUCCUAUAUAAAUAUUUAUAAAGUUAUUAUGAGGACAUAUAUAAACCUCUUAUAGGACAGUUUUAUGCAAGUUA